GGCCUUGAGGAAGGGGCCAGCGUCGGGAGAGGGAGGAGCCUGCGCCAGGGAGGCGGGCCAGGCUAGAGGAGGGAGUGGAGCAGGCCUGAGCGGGGAGAGGGCUGAAUCAACUUGGGUUCGGUCCCAGGGCCUGCCUGCUUCUGGGCUCUGCAGGGGGGACUCGUGUCUUUCCGCCUGGAUUCCCACCGCUGAGGGUGGCAGGAGGCGCAUGGCCUGGGGAGGGGUUAGUCAAUCCUCACCAGCCCAUGGCGACUGUCCUUGCCCACUCACAUACACUCAUCACCAUCACCAUCACCACCCAGUUCCUACACCUCUCUUGCUGUCCUGGGAAUGGCCCUAUCCUGGGAACCUGCCUCUCCUGUCUGUGUCCCAACCUCCUUAAGCCUGCAAACGCUGGCCAAGUACCCUACCAGGGAAUUUUUAAUUAAACCUUACUCCCCACUUCAGAGUCAGAUGGUUGAUGAACGGGACUGAGACCCAACUUGGGGCACCUGUGUGCACCUGAUCACCUCUCACCUCUUACAACUCUUUUAGUUCCCUUCCCCCACUCGCAACAAUAACAAUAACAACAAAUCACCCUACCCUGAGGAGGGAAACAGGAGCCUAAAGGGAGGCCAUCAGGUCUUCCUGCCCACAACUGCUGACCCUUGCCUUGGUUCCCCUGGAUGGUGCAUGCUGGGGCCUGGUCUUAGUCCUGUGCAUCUGAGGUUGGCCACUCUACUUCAGUGUCAUGGAUUUCGCCAAGCCUAAGGCCAGCAUUUCUGGGAACCACCAGCUGGAUGAGGUCCAGGGACAGAGACGGCUGCUCCAGCUAAAGUGGCCUCGGACCCCGCGUGGGCUGUGGAGUGGAUCGAACUUCCUCGGGGCCUCUCUCUCUCUUCCUUGGGAUCUGCUCGUACCCUCCGAGGCUGGAGCCGGUCCUCGCGCCCUUCCUCUUCCUCCGUGGACAGUCAGGACUUGCCAGAGGUGAAUGUUGGAGACACUGUCGCGAUGCUGCCCAAGUCCCGGAGAGCCCUAACUAUCCAGGAGAUCGCUGCACUGGCCAGAUCCUCCCUGCAUGGUAUUUCCCAGGUGGUGAAGGACCACGUGACCAAGCCCACUGCCAUGGCCCAGGGUCGUGUGGCUCACCUUAUUGAAUGGAAGGGCUGGAGCAAGCCAAGCGACUCUCCUGCUGCCCUGGAAUCAGCCUUUUCCUCCUAUUCGGAUCUCAGUGAGGGUGAGCAAGAGGCUCGCUUUGCGGCAGGAGUGGCUGAGCAGUUUGCCAUUGCAGAAGCCAAGCUCCGGGCAUGGUCUUCAGUGGAUGGUGAGGACUCGACCGAUGAAUCCUACGAUGAGGACUUUGCUGGGGGAACUGACUCAGACAUGGCUGGGCAGCUGCCCCUGGGACCCCACCUCCAGGACCUCUUCACUGGCCACCGAUUUUCCCGGCCUGUGCGCCAGGGCUCUGUGGAGCCUGAGAGCGACUGCUCGCAGACAGUGUCCCCAGACACCCUGUGCUCUAGUCUGUGCAGCCUGGAGGACGGGUUGCUGGGCUCCCCGGCCCACCUAGCCUCCCAGCUGCUGGGUGAAGAGCUGCUUCUUGCCAAACUGCCCCCCAGCCGGGAAAGUGCCUUCCGCAGCCUGGGCCCCUUGGAGGCCCAGGACUCGCCCUACAACUCGCCCCUCACAGAGUCCUGCCUUUCCCCCGCCGAGGUGGAGCCAGCCCCCUGCGAGGACUGCCAGCCGCUCUGCCCACCAGUGGGCAGCUGGGAACGCCAGCGGCAAGCCUCUGACGUGGCUUCUUCUGGGGUGGUGUCCUUAGAGGAGGAUGAGGUGGAGCCAGAGGAACAGUGACGCAGAUCAUGCCUGGCGGUGGCACAGCCGCUGUGCCCAGUUGUGGGCUUGAGGCUUCCAGCAGAGCUCCAAAGCCUGGGGGGCUCCUGGGAGCACUCACUCCUCAUUGUGUGUUUUGCAUGAAAGUGUCUAGAGAGGAGGCAGGGACCAGGCUGGGGGCGCAUGUCCAGCCCCCACUCCUGGGGCUUGCCGGGGAUUGCCCGGGGCCCCUGGGGCAUGGCUACAGCAGUGGCAGAGUGAUGUUCAUGUUCUUAAAUCAAAAACGCCACAUAUUUCCUCCUCUGAUGAUGUGAACCUCUGAGGGGGCAGUUAUGACUGGGCUACGUGGGACAGAAUGGAGGGAGCCCGGCCUCCCCUGCCCCUCCCCGCCUCUCUCCUCUGCUUCUCUCCUCACCUCCAAGUCCAUGUACCGUGCUUGAUAGAAUCACCCCACCCAGGGAGCCUACGGAUUGAGCCGUCCCCCAGGUCCCUUUCCCAGCUGGGCUCAUCCUGUGCUACACCUCUCCAUUGUCUCUAAAUCUUUUUUGUAAAGAAAGAGGGGUUUUGGUCUGUUCUUUCAGUCAGAUCUUCUCUGGGAGGCAUUGGAAUGAUGAAAGCGUGCACCCCCACCCUUUUCCUGGCCACUUUGAGGGGUCUGGGCCCUUUCCCAGUCCCAUGUAGGAUGUGUGGGCAGAGCCCCGGUGGCUCCCAGCCCACCAGGUUGCUGUAGGGUGGAGUUGGAAGAGGACAGGGCUCUGGUAGCUACAGAGCUGGGACUUCGAUGUUCUUCCAGAGAGGGCCACCAGGGGGCCACACGGGUGGCCCUGUGCAGGGCAGAAAUUGUGCCAACCGGUGACAGUCAUGAGGGAGUGCCUCUCCUUGGGGAGGAAGGAGGGCAGUGCCUUUUUGGCUGAAGGAAAGGCCGAAGCUACAGUACUGGGGGCAGCCAGGGUGUUGAUGGCCAAGCAGUGGAGGCCUCUGCAGAUCCUACACUCCAUGGACAGCAGGCUCUGGAGUUUUAUAGCCAUGGGGUGUAGGUGGCUAGAUUUCAGGACUUGUAGGCUUUGGCAGGUAAGAGGGCCCAAGGUAAGAACACGAGCUGAUGGGCACAGGCAUUCUCUAUAUAAGUGGCUCAUUAGGUGUUUAUUUUGUUCUAUUUAAGAAUUUGUUUUAUUAAAUUAAUAUAAAAAUC